AGCAAGAGCUACACGAGGGCGGGAUAACUUUGAGAGGGCCGUCUUAAAUCCCAGAACUCCUUUCAAAACCAGCAGAGGGAACCGACCAAGCAACGGUGUUCAGGAAAGGACCAGCCACCCGACGUUUCCAGACAACCAGCAACAAGCAGCGAUCCCCGGAAGAAAAACCCCAAGAUGGCCCCUAUCUGCAUCAAGACUGUUUUAAUCAGUGAAAGUGUCGAUCCUCGCUGCAAGGCGAUUCUGGAGGAAAAUGGCAUUCGAGUUACGGAAAAACCCAAUAUGAAAAGGGAUGAAUUAAUGGCGGAGAUUAAGGACUACGAUGGCCUUGUGGUCAGAUCUGCCACAAAGGUAACAGCUGAUGUCAUCGAUGCUGCUAAUCUAAAAAUCAUCGGAAGAGCUGGAACCGGCGUGGACAAUGUGGAUGUUGAUGCUGCCACCAAGAAGGGUAUUAUUGUCAUGAACACACCAAGCGGAAACACCAUCAGUGCUGCCGAGCUGACAUGUGCCCUGCUGAUGAGCCUCUCAAGAUUUGUGCCUCAGGCUGCCAUGUCGAUGAAGCAAGGGAACUGGGAUCGCAAAAAAUUCAUGGGUGCAGAGCUCUAUGGCAAGGUCCUUGGAAUAGUUGGACUUGGAAGAAUAGGAAAGGAAGUCGCCUCAAGAAUGCAAUCAUUCGGCAUGAGGACAAUCGGCUAUGAUCCAAUCACUCCUCCUGCGGUGACAGCCAGCUGGGGGGUGGAGCAGAUGUCCCUGGAGCAGUUGUGGCCACAGUGUCACUACAUCACUGUUCACACUCCUCUGAUGCCCUCUACUGUCGGUCUUCUUAACGAUGAAUCGUUUGCUAAAUGCAAGAAAGGAGUAAAGGUUGUCAACUGUGCACGAGGGGGCAUUAUCGAUGAGGACGCUCUCCUCCGAGCUCUGGAGUCCGGACAGUGCGGAGGAGCAGGGCUCGAUGUCUUUGUUGAGGAGCCUCCUAAGAACCGUCCAUUGGUCGACCACCCUAACGUGAUCAGCUGUCCUCACCUGGGAGCCAGCACGAAGGAGGCGCAGGCUCGCUGUGGGGAGGACAUCGCUCUGCAGAUUGUGGACAUGGUGAAGGGCAAGAAGCUGGUCGGAGCAGUAAAUGCAUCAGUUUUGGCCAGCACUUUCUCCCAGGAAUCUCACCAGCUGAUCAAACUCGGAGAAGCCGUUGGAGCCGUGCUGCAGUCAUGCACUUCUUCAAAGAAACCUUUCAAAAGUGUUCAAAUCUCUACUCAAGGGGAUUGCAUGAAGUCCUCCACUGGUUACAUGACUGCAUCAGUACUGGUUGGAUUGCUGGCCAAUGGAUCUGGCUCCUGCCCGAACCUAAUCAAUGUGCUCAGCCUUGCCAAGGAGUCUGGAAUCACGGUAAACCAGGCCCACUGCUCAUCUGAUGCGGCAGGUGGUGUGUGUACGGUGGAGAUCGUGGCCAACGGCAGCAGCUUCAAAGCCACUGGUUCAGUUCAGGGUGGCGUGCCGGUGCUGCUGGAGCUGAGUGGCAGUGUGUUCAGACAGCCGGUCUCUCUCACUGGAAACCUGCUGUUCUUUAAGGCCUCCGCAAGUCCACAGCUCCUGUCCUCGGUGGCUGGUAAGGAAUUUUAGGAUGAGGCUAUUUCC